AUGAGCACGGGGGCGGCAUUGAGGGAUGGGGCUGCGAAGGGGGGCGGGGCCACGCCGGCGGGGGCGGGGCCGUGCCGGUGCGGUCCCGUCCCCGUGGGCAGCACCCGUGCGCCCGCAGGCGCGGGCUGGUCGUGCCGCGCGGUGCUGAGCGACGGGCACCAGCGCACGGUGCGCAAGGUGGCCUGGUCGCCCUGCGGCACCUACCUGGCCUCGGCCAGCUUCGACGCCACCACCUGCAUCUGGAAGCAGGAGCCCGGCGGCUUCGAGUGCGUCACCACCUUGGAGGGCCACGAGAACGAGGUGAAGUCGGUGGCCUGGGCGCCCUCGGGGACCCUGCUGGCCACGUGCAGCCGUGACAAGAGCGUGUGGGUGUGGGAAGUGGACGAGGAGGAGGAGUACGAGUGCGUGAGCGUGCUCAGCUCGCACACACAGGACGUCAAGCACGUCGUGUGGCACCCCAGCCAGGAGCUCCUGGCCUCGGCGAGCUACGACGACACGGUGAAGCUCUACCGCGAGGAGGACGACGACUGGGUGUGCUGCGCCACGCUCGAGGGCCACGAGUCCACCGUGUGGAGCGUGGCCUUCGACCGCGACGGGCAGCGCCUGGCGUCCUGCAGCGACGACCGCACCGUGCGCGUGUGGCGCCGCCACGAGCCGGGCGCCGAGCAAGGGGGGGCCGGCAGCAGCUCCGAUCCCAGCUGGAAGUGCGUCUGCACCCUCUCUGGCUUCCACACACGGACCAUCUACGACGUGGCAUGGUGCCACCUGACGGGCGCGCUGGCCACGGCCUGCGGCGACGACGCCAUCCGCGUGUUCGAGGAGAGCGCGCCCGGCGCCCCGCACGAGCCGCCCACCUUCAGCCUGGCGGCCCACGUGGCCCGCGCGCACACCCAGGACGUCAACUGCGUGGCCUGGCACCCCACGGAGCCCGGCCUGCUGGCCUCGUGCAGCGACGACGGCGACGUCGCCUUCUGGCACUACCAGCGCCCCGAGGGCUGCUGAGCGCCCG